GCGAAAGCCCACGAGAGCAUAAUAACGACACAGAAACUUUUUAGGGGUUUAACAAAAGUGGAACGCCCAAACUGAACUUCUUCAACUCAUAAAGCAGUUCAAUCUCUCUCCGUGUUUGCGAUGGUUUCCCUUGGCACCUGGUUCCGAUACAUAGCCCACAAGCUUGAAUACUCUGCCACCAUCAGCUGGAAGAACUAUAAAAGAGGUCAAAUCACAGACAGAGAGCUUGGUGAUGCCGUUUGGAAAAACCUGUUCCAGGGAAAAUUGACAUACUUGCACUGGAACAAAGGAGCAGAGAUGGCCCCAAGUAUAGGUGAUCAAGGGGGAACUCUCCUUGUCAGGAAGUUACCAGCUGCAGACCCCAGGCGUGUUUUUGUUGGGGAUGUAGUGGUCUUGAAGGACCCUGAUAAUCCAGAUAAUUAUUUGGUGAGAAGAUUGGCUGCGGUUGAAGGUUAUGAAAUGUUGUCCACUGAUGAAAAGGAUGAUCCUUUUGUCCUUGAAAAGGACGAAUGCUGGGUGUUGGCGGAUAAUGAAGCUUUGAAGCCUAAGGAAGCCAAUGAUAGUCGAAAGUUUGGUCCUGUUUCAAUGACGGACAUAGUUGGUAGAGUCAUAUAUUGUCUACGGACAGCUGUUGAUCAUGGCCCUGUUCAGAAUAGUCAUUUUAGCAUGAGAAAGGAUUCGCCUGUGCUGGAAGUUGAGUUGGAUGUCGAUGAGAUGGCAAAAAACCACAAGUCCUAAAAUGUGUCAUAAGCCACUGACUCAUUUGGUUUGUACCUAUUUCGCCCCAAUUUCCUAUUGGAUUAUUUUUCUUCUUUCUUUUCUUCCCCUUGUUUCAAGUCGGGAAAAAAAUAAAGAUGGAAUUUCAAGCUGUUCUCUAGUCAUGGGAGGGCUCAUGUUUGUAUGAGUUUAAGGUUGUUCAGGUCCUCAUUGUUCAGUCACUGUCUUUCAUUCUUGUUGAGAAUAUGAAACGGCCUGUACGGAAUUUUGUGUUUAGAAAUGAUAAUUUUAUUCUCUUGCAGCAGUGUAAUCUGAAGUACUGAAGAAAAGAAGGAUAAAUCCAGAUGUUGUGAGGGAACUUUUCGGACUUUAAUCUUUGGGGAUGUUCUUAG